AUGCUCUUGGCCGCUACCGCAAUCUUUCUCUACUAUACGACGUGGACUCUUCUGAUGCCAUUCGUCGACGAGCACCACCCUCUCCAUAGUCUCUUCCCACCUCGCGUAUGGGCUAUCCGCAUCCCUGUUAUUCUUACUUUGCUCGGUUCGGCCGUCGUUGGUACCUUUAUCGGAAUUGUCAUGAUCAACAGCAACAAGAAGAAGGCGACUAAGGCCAAGGCUGCGGCGAAAAAGAAGACCUAA